AUGCUCGGAUUGAAAUCGACGAUGAAUAUAAUAGACAACUCAGGCGCUCUGGUUGCAGAAGUCAUCAACGUCCUCAAAGUCAAGUCUGGCAGUGGCAUUGGCAGCGUCGGGGAUGAGUGCGUGGUGGUCAUCCAAUCAGCCAAACCGAUCCCCGCGAAUCUCAACAUAUCUGCAAAUUCACCUGCAGCAGCCAACAAGAUCAGGAAGGGCGAUAUACGCAGAGCUGUGAUUGUACGCACAAAGCAGCAGAUUAGAAGACCAGAUGGCCGCUUUGUCAGGUUCGACGACAACGCAGGUGUUCUCAUAAACCCUAAGAAGGAGCUUCUCGGCUCUAGGAUCUCAGGCGUAAUUGCUAACGAGGUGAGGCAGAAGGGCUGGGGGAAGAUUGCGUCUGUUGCGCCCAAGCUACUCUAG